UUCAGAGUUGAUUUUAACUCAAUAAGUGUUGUUUUAACACUUAUAGAUUUAAAUGGUGCUCAGUGUUCGAGUUCUUUCCCAGAGUUGAUUGGGCCAGUGUUGAUUUUACUCUGCUGGGAGAAAAAUAAGCUCCUCCCCCUUCUUCACAGUCCUGGUUUGAGUGCAGUCUGAACAUGGCUCCAUUUUGUCCGUCUCCUGCUGUUCUACAUGUCAUUGAAAGAUUUUGCCUGCCACCUGAUGCCCAAGUUACAUACAAGGAUGCAACAGAUACUGAAGUUGAUGAAGAAAUAUUCAGUGACCUCAUUAGACAAGGCAAUGUUGUACUGAAGGUUUUCUGCCAUGAUGAGUUCUCUGAAUGGUCAUCUUCUUCAGAGUAUGACUCAAGCUUCAGCUCAAAUGCAUCAGCAUCAACAAUACUAGUGGAUGAGAUCCCAUGCGAGAAGCAAAAAACUGAGAAUGCUAAUAAUGCAGUGUCUGCUAAAAAGCGGGUUGAACGUGUCUUUCAAAGCAAGUCUGGUGGUGUAGAAGUUUUGCAGGAGUAUAAAACAACAGAAACCCUAAGUGAUGCCACAAGAAGACAAAUGGUGAACAUACUGGUGGCUCACAUGAUUGAUAAACAUGGGCACCGUCCUGCUAAAGCAAUCAGAGAGGAGUAUGCCCUUGGGAAAGGGAUACUCUUCCCAUCCCUGAAAGAUCCAUACACCCAAAAAGGCUAUAAGCACUUUUAUGAUGCCGCAAGCAGCACAGGAUACAUUUCAUGGCGUCUUAAAACAGUCCAAAGGAAGAUUCGAAGAGGAUCUCUUGUGCCACCAAGUAGCUCCAAAGACAUUUCAUGUGGCGGCCCAAAUAUCCAGAGAAAUGUGGUUGUUGAAAGACAGCUUGAUGGGGAUGCCUGCCAGGAAGCCAUAUCCCUGCUUAACCACACCACAGACAGGUCCCCGAUCCUUCAGAAGAUGAGAGAGACUUUUGAGCACCAUCACAAACUUAUUAGAGAUGCCAGCGGAAGAACUGAUAUUCUGACAAUGUUCCCCAGGUUCCUGGACACAAAAGGAUUGAUUGAUCAAGACUUCAGUCUUCUGGUUAAUGAAGAAACCUCCUCCAGACUGCUGGAGAAGUGGGAUGUGUUCUUCAAAUCAAAUGUUAUCAAGGAGGCUAAGUGUCUCACUUCAACACCUCAGUUGAGACGUUUGGUGCAGUCAGCGGAAAUCCCUCAAGGAGAUGACCAGGAUAAGACAUCUACCUAUGACCAAGAAAUGGCCCCCUUGUUACUGCUCCUACAUCUCCUUCCACCACCACCUGGAGGACAGAAGUUUCCAAAAAUCAGUGCAUGUGAUGCAGUUGAGAGACUUUCAUAAGGCAAUUAAAUUAAUUAAAUUUACCUUAUGUACCAUACUUUGUCACUUUGCUUUUGUAGACAUGAAUAAAUACUGGUGGUUGUAAGGCAUCUUUGAAGAUGUCUGGUUAGACAUGAAUUUCUUUUGUUAGCUAAUCUAAAUCUUAAUUUUUUUUGUAAUGGCUGUAGCUGUAUGUCUUAUUAAUUAUGUUUGGUGUAUAUUUGUUUAAAUCUUAGUCAUACUGCAGUUUUGAGCAACAUCUCUGGGGCCAACGGGGUCUGCAGCCAUACCUCCUUGCUGGUGACAGGUGACAUGGAUAAGUGCCUCAUCCCAUGCCAGGCAAACUGCUCUCUAGGAGCAUUUGAUGAGCUGUUCAAAGCACAUUUUGUGCUUAAUGUCUCUUAUGAU